AUGGGAGGCGAACGGAAGAUCAAGUCUGUAGCCAUUAUUGGCGCGGGCGCUGCGGGUGCUGUUACCGCUGCAGCUUUUCAAGCGGAAGACUACUUUGAAAGAAUCCAGGUAUUCGAAAGAAGAGAGUCCGCGGGCGGAACAUGGAUCUACGACCCAAGUCCAUCAGAGCUACCUCCACUCCAACCCGGAAGCCUCCCGCCCGAUGUCGAUCCCGCAGUGGAGAUCCCGGGCGAGCUUCCCCAGGUCAAGCCCCAUAGUCAACAAGAACGCUACUCGCAGACCCCGAUUUAUCACUCAUUGACAACCAAUGUCCCUGACAUUGCGAUGUCAUUUUCGGAUUCCAGGUUCGCUUACGGACCAUUUGCGCCGCAUUGGAUUCCACGACAAUAUAUUGAGAACUACUUUUCCCUGCACAAGACCGACUCAAUACUGGUACUAAACACCACAGUUGAGGAUGUGACAAGAAUUCCGGCCAAAGACAGGCCCGAGCAGUGGAGGUUGACUCUACGCAAGUUUGACGCUGCGCGUAACGUCGACGUUUGGUGGCAAGAGGUGUUUGAUGCAGUAGUUUUCGCCAACGGCCACUACUCGGUACCCUAUGUUCCUCACGUCAAGGGUCUGGACGAGUACAUCAAGAGAUUUCCGGGCCGCGUCGUGCACUCCAAGACCUACCGCACCCCACAACCUUAUACCGGAAAGAAAAUUGUUACCAUCGGAAACUCCGCAUCUGGCCAUGAUGUGACAGAAGAGCUGGUUCAGACAGUCCGUAUCCCCGUUUAUCAGUCCCGGAGGUCCAAGUCCCGCUGGGAUGGCGACGAACCGCCUCCGGGCAUCGCUUGGAAACCGAUUAUCAAGGAGUUUCGUCUCGACGGGCGUGUAAUUUUUGAAGACGACUCAUACCUCGACGAUGUCGAUCACAUCAUCUACUGCACAGGCUAUAAACCCUCUUACCCUUUCUGGAACUCGGAAGCCAAUGGAGGAAGAGCCUUGUAUGAUUAUAAAAGUGGGAAGCUUAUCAAGACUUUCUGGCAUACCUUCUUCCAAGAUUUCCAGACGUUGGGGAUUGUUGGUAUGCCAAGGGUUCUCACGUUCAGGAGUUUUGAGUAUCAGGCCAUCGCAUUGGCAAGAGUGUUUUCUGGCAGAGAGUCCGUUGCAUUGCCGUCCCUUGAGGAACAGGAGCGAUGGGAGAGGGAAAGGGAAGAGCUCGAAACUGGCGAGACGUUUGAGUGGCUCAACUGGCUGUUCCGUGUCGCCGGUCUUCCGACGCUAAGGGGCAAGGGGCGGACGCCGCCUGUACUUUCCGAGGAGCUAAUUUGGGCGGUCGAGCAUCUGAGGAAAUAUCCCGAGCCUGGGAACCCGGAUAAUGAUGAUGAUGAGAAUCAGCGGAACCACAAAGGAGCGCAGAGUCCGAGUCUUCACGAGGAAAGUCAUCAACAAGACGAGCAAGGACAUAAGGGAAAGUGGAAGCUGGCUCAGAGGCCAAAGAAGGACCUACUGGAGUUUAUUUAA